UCUCACGCUCUGUACCUGCAAUUGACUGAAUUGAUGGGAUAUCAUCCGCUGUUUGUUGCCUUUCAUGCACCUGGACGAGGGAUGAUCGACUCCCCCAAGAGGUGAAUUGAAAAUUCAUAUCCAUCAUGUCUCAGAACCACCAUGGAAAAGACCCAGUGGAUCUCUCGGAGAAGACUCCUCGAACAAAUCAACAAGAUGAUUCGGAGUCAAUCCACACCAUCAACGAACCUCCCACCAUCCUGAGUCACAUUCCAUCUCACGUAUCCCACACACACGAUGCUCCAAUGCAGCAUUCGUCCUCGUAUGUUGAGAUACCAGACGAGGUAUAUGAUCGACUAUCGCCUUCACGGAAGAUGAUCAUCGUUGCUCUCCUCUCCUUUUGCAGCUUCUUGGCUCCAAUAUCAAGCACCACAAUUCUGUCCGCAAUCCCCGAAGUGGCUGCUACAUUCAAUUGCACUGGAACGAUAAUGAAUUUGACCAAUGCUCUUUAUAUGUUAUUUAUGGGAAUUUCGCCUUGCUUUUGGGGUCCAUUGAGUCAGGUAUAUGGGAGACGAAUUAUAUGCCUCCUAACAGCCCUUCUGUUCCUGGGCUGUUCCCUUGGCACAGCUUUAUCUCCAAAUCUGGCCGCCUACUUCAUAUUUCGUAUCCUUACGGCCUUCGAGGGGACUUCCUUUCUGACCAUCGGGGCAUCCUGUAUCGGGGACAUAUACAGACCCACGGAACGAGCAACAGCCAUGGGCUGGUUUCUCUCCGGAACUCUGAUCGGCCCGGCACUGGGCCCAUUUCUAGGUGGUAUCAUCGUGACCUUCCGAUCCUGGCGCGUCAUUUUCUACCUCCAAACCGCGCUCGCAGGAGCUGCACUGGUGGGGGCCUUCUUCCUGCUCCCAGAGACCGCGCACCGCAAGAAAUCCGACGACCUGGUCGGCCUCCCCUUCAAGAAGAAAGUCUCCGUGCUCUGGAGCAUGACGAACCCCUGGCGUGUGGUACGAUUGUACCAAUACCCCAACCUCAUCGUGGUGUCCCUCGCGUCUUCCUCUCUCGUCUGGAACAUGUACUCGCUCUUGACCCCUAUCCGCUACGUUCUCAACCCUCGCUUCCACCUCACCACGCCCAUCCAGUCUGGCCUCUUCUACCUCGCACCGGGCUGCGGAUAUCUACUGGGGACCUUCUUCGGCGGGCGCUACGCCGACCACAUCACGAUCAAGUGGCAAGCGAAACGCAACGGGACGCGCGUGCCCGAGGACCGCCUGCGCUCUGCGGUGCCCUUCCUCGGCAUCGCCAUCCCCGGCUGCAUGUUGAUCUACGGCUGGUCCGUCGAGAAGCGCUUCGGCGGCAUCCCGCUACCCGUCAUCAUGAUGUUUCUGCAGGGCGUGGCGCAGCUGUUCUGCUUCCCAAGCCUGAACACGUAUUGUCUGGAUGUGAUGCAGAGGAAUAGCGCGGAGGUCAUUGCGGGGAAUUAUAUGAUCAGAUAUCUCUUCGCGGCGCUGGGCACGGCAACGGUCUUGCCGGCUGUGGACAAGAUUGGGGUCGGUUGGUUCUCGACAAUCAGUGCGGCUUUCUUGGUAGCUUCGGGUUUGGCGACGGGCGCUGCGGCCCUGAAGGGGAGGGAGUGGAGGGAGGCGGUGGAUAGGAAGAAGAGGGCGAAAAGGAAGAGUACUAUUGAGAGACAAAAUGGAAAAGCUAUGAGACAUGCUGUGACUGAUAGUGGAAAGGAGAAGGAGAUGGUUUGAUGCAUCUUCACAACGGCGAAAAGGGAAUUCUUGUGGUCUUGCUCAGACAUGUCACCCUUUUGGGCGUGAGAUUCAUUAAUAUACUUACAGAUAAAGUCAAUGCCAUAAUACUUAGGACUAGCCAAAGCUUAUUUUCUGCCUGGUCAGAUCCCUGAAUACAUCAUCCAAUACCUUGCGUUUUCUCUUCCCGCUUUCAUCUUCAUCAGCAAUGCGGCCCUUCAAAUCAUCUUCCUCUUCUUUAUCCGCAAUAGCAUCAUCCGCUGUUCUCGGAGCCCAUACUCUUAUCUGACCAUCUGUGUGCGCCGAGUAGAUGCCAUCCACCGCGCUCCUCCACGCAAGUGCCGUAAUCCGAUUCUUGAUGGUCCGUUCCCCCGUUCUCGAUCUCACAGUUGGCAUGAC